UCAAAAUACAAUUCUUACCUCAGUUGUUCAGAAUGCCAACUCAAACACCUUCCCGCUAUAAUUUAUACUGCAGGGCGUAGGCCAUCGUGUCCCCUUAUUCUCUCUCUCCUCUUUCAUUCUUUGCCUACCGUUCAAGCUGUUCUUCUUUUACAUUUUACCCUCUUAAUUCUGUUAAAGUUCUGCCUUUUUCUUCUUUUUCAGCAAUACCCAUUAGCGUGAUCUGCAGAAGGAGUCAUUUUUCUGAGUCUGUAAGAUUGAAGAGUGAGAGAAAUAGAAGGAUAGCUGUUGUUAGAGUUAGCAGAAAUGAAUGUUACAGAGGUGAGAGGAGAAUAUGGGGAAGAGGAAAGUCCUCCUUUGAUUCAUUCUGAGAACAAUUCCAGGCCUCGUCGUAUUGCUCUUUUUGUUGAGCCUUCUCCUUUCUCAUAUGUAUCGGGGUAUAAAAACAGGUUCCAGAAUUUUAUAAGAUAUUUAAGAGAAAUGGGUGAUGAGGUAAUGGUUAUAACAACACAUGAAGGAGUCCCGCAGGAGUUCUAUGGAGCAAAGUUGAUUGGAUCAAGAAGCUUCCUUUUUCCUUGGUAUCAGAAAUUGCCCCUUUCCUUGGCUCUCAGUCCAAGAAUAGUUUUAGAAGUUGCACGGUUUAAGCCUGAUAUAAUACAUGCCUCUUCACCUGGAAUCAUGACUUCAUUGCAGGUUUUUGGUGCUCUCACUAUUGCAAAACUACUAUGUGUACCCAUAGUGAUGUCUUACCACACCCAUGUUCCAGUGUAUAUCCCAAGAUACACAUUUAGUUGGCUAGUGGAACCCAUGUGGUUAAUUCUAAAAUUUCUUCAUAGAGCAGCGGAUCUUACACUGGUUCCAUCCGCUGCAAUUGGGAGGGAUCUUCAAGCAGCUAGGGUAACUGCAGCUAACAAGAUUCGCCUUUGGAAUAAGGGUGUGGAUUCUGAAAGCUUCCACCCUCGAUAUCGCUUUCAUGAAAUGCGGUUAAGAUUAAGCAAUGGUGAACCAGAUAGACCAUUGGUAAUUCAUGUUGGGCGUCUUGGAGUUGAGAAGAGUUUGGAUUUCCUCAAAAGCGUUAUGGACAGACUCCCGGAAGCAAGAAUUGCUUUUAUUGGGGAUGGACCAUAUAGGGAAGAGCUAGAGAAAAUGUUUUCGGGCAUGCCAGCAGUUUUUACUGGGAUGUUACAAGGUGAAGAGCUCUCUCAGGCAUAUGCAAGUGGGGAUGUGUUUGUGAUGCCUUCGGAAUCUGAGACACUUGGACAAGUUGUUUUGGAGGCCAUGUCUUCAGGAAUCCCUGUGGUGGGUGCUCGUGCUGGGGGAAUCCCAGAUAUAAUUCCUGCAGACCAGGAGGGCAAAACUGGCUUUCUCUUUGCUCCUGGAGAUGUUGGCGACUGCUUGAGCAAACUGGAGCCCCUGUUACAAAAUAAGGAACUGAGAGAAACCAUUGGCAAAGCUGCACGUGAAGAAAUGCAGCAGUAUGAUUGGAAAGCAGCCACUAAGAAGAUACGCAAUGAAGACUACAAUGCUGCCAUUUGGUUUUGGCGGAAGAAUAGAUCGCAGCUACUGAGACCUCUGCAAUGGCUGGCAACACGCCUUUUCCCAUCGCCAGAAGUUAACAAUUAGGUGAUUUGGAUAUAUUACAUUGGUUUGCCAGGUGGAAUUAAAGGAAAUAGCAUGUUGAUAAGGAUUGUCAAACUUGUUUGUGGCUUCAAAGAGGCCCUGCUAUGGUGUACGUAUGAUUGUUUUGCAAUAUGUUUAUUUGUUGUAAAUUAUGGACUUGAAAUGAUUGAAUGCUACUUGUAGCAUUACUCAGCUACUA